GUCCGUUUCAUGAGCUUGAUGAAAUAAGAUAGAAAAGCACAACUUAGUAGACGACGAGACGCAGAACAAACCUGCCCUGCCACAGGCUGUACAGGUCUUUGGCAGGCGUUCUGCUUUUCACCAAAGAUGUUAGACCCGUAAGGUUCGUCAUUGCUGCUGCUGUUCUUGCCGGCUGGGAGAUAAAGGCAGAAUGCCGGCGGCGGGCGCAGCUUAUUUUCCCGCCGCUGCCGCGCAGCGUUGCUCGGGCAUAGGAACUCGCGGCUCGUUCACCGCAAGCACAAUUUUGGUGCCGCGUUUCCUCAUGCGAGCGCAGCUUUUGUUCGCUGCAGUUUCCCUGUUUUCCGGACCAGACCAAAGCAGCAACAUUUUCUGCGCCACAAACGCACUGCGCAUCGUCUCACGGAACAGGAAUGUUGAGAGCGGCAACACCAGCAAAAGUAGCCAGCUGCUGCAGAGCACAGCACGUAGCAUCAGGAAAACUGGAAGAAAUAACGCGUCGAAAAGAAGCGGCCUAAGACGUCUACUCAAGCGAGGUAACAGUGGAACAUCAGACAGCGUUCAAAAAACAAUAACCGACGGGACAACUACCAAGAAAACGGACCGCAAAGUGCACUACCUUUUUCUCGUGUACAAUCACAUCAACAAUGCCGAGAGCUGGCGACGGUAUUUUCAGCCUCCCUCGUACGGUGCGCAGGAUACCGCAACUGCAGGUGCGACUACAGCGACGAUGUUACAGCAGGAUCAAAGCGCCGCCACCUCCGACGCAUCAUCAUCUGACUGGGCGGCCUAUGUACACUGCAAAGACGGCUACACGUGCCAGAUGCCCCCUUUUCCCGCAACUUUGAUCGAGCCUGUGCCCUCCAGCUACUGCACCGACUAUCACAAGAAAAAGUGUACACGUACACGGUUUGCAUUUUUUCCCAAAAAAAAUUUUUUGGCGCCCCCCUAGCGCGACGUAGUGGCACCACUUGAAGCCUUCGCCCCGGCGUUGGAGAGACUGUCGCUCUACAAUGGUCUGAAUUUACUAUGGGCGCAAGCUUUCAGGGUCGCCGCCCAAGCCCGAUGCAUUUUGGUGGAUGAUAUCCACGAGGCAGACCUGCAAUCCUGGCACCAGAUGGGGCCCCUUGCAUCAGCGCAAAGCAGCUCCCCCUCCAAUGCCCGACAGUGGCCCACCGCCAUGAACACUCCAUCCCCACCCGCCAGGCUGUGUUUGGGGUCGGAAACAUUGAUGGGGGCUGCGGAUUAUUGUUUGGGCGGGAGCCGAACUGCUUCAGAUUUCUCGGCGGGUUCGUCUGGCUGUGUUGUGUCCCGAGAUCUGGGAAAGUUUCCAAAUUUCGGAUGUCCGGAAAAACGCAAAUUUUUGCAUACCUCCAAGGCCAAAUUUUUCAGAUUGGCCAAAAACCGUGUACAUGGAACCUAGCCACCACGCUAUGGCCCAUGUACACGGUUUCAAAAGUAGGAAAUACGCAACAAUUUUUAAAAAGGGCCCAUAAAAACCGUGUACAUCGCAUCUAGACUGCAUGGUAUGGCCGAUGUACACGGUUCAGAGUGUCUGUCUCCGGCCCCGACCACUUCGCAGACCGUGUACAUCCAUCAUACCAUGCAGUCUAGAUGCGAUGUACACGGUUUUUUGGUGGUGCGCGAUUUCGCAGGCAAAAUUCAGAUAAAUUUGCCUCUUUUUCUGCGGAUUUUCUUGACCCCAAGAAAAACCGUGUACAUCCUCUCCAGACUGCAUGGCAUGGUCCGUUUACCUCUUCAAAAGGAGGCCCUUCGCCUGUUUUGAUGGUGGCGACGGUUUGUUGGGUGGUUUUGACCCUCGGCGCAAGGAGAACCUGGGCCACAGGCUGCAGGAGCCGCCGGCGGCCCACCUCCAGGCGCUAGAGUGACAACUCCCGGCCUUUUCGGCCUUCUUUGCGCGGCCCUGAGACGAGGCCAGGAGCAUUGGGCAGAUGACUCGGCUGCUUCUUUCCCCUCUCUGCUGGGUCUUGACUAUGACCUUCGGGCCGUGUGCUCUAGGUUCGCCAGCCUUGCCACACUCCCAAUCUAGCGAACUUCGUAGCGAGUGCUUUCACUGACACAAGUGAACGCCUCGAGGGAGCCCACAAAAAUUUUUCUUCGAAAAACGGGAAAACCGUGUACGUGUACACUUUUUCUUGUGAUACCGACCUCGUUUCGCCCAUGAUCGCGCUGUAUCCACAGGAGAUAUUGAUACAUGUUAAUGUUUUCCCGUACACGUGCAGAUGCGGUUUCUACAUGACAGAACUUUCUGCAAUCCUGUGCUCAGCAUGACAAGUGGCGUGCACGUAGUUGCCGAACUCUGUGAUACAUUUUGUACGUGUGAUACGGGAAAAAAUGUUGUACUGCAUACGCUUUUGCGAAAAGCGCUGGAAAACAGCCACUCAACCGAGGACCAGUUUGUCUUCCAGUCCGACAGCACGCUGCCGGUCAAACCGAAGAAAUUCGUGCACGAGACUUUGUUUCUGGACCCACAGUUGUCUGCGUUCUGCAUGUUUCCCGUCUCCGCUUGGGCCAGAAGACCGAUGCCGGAUCCCAGUAUGCGCGGGGAGAUAGUGUACUGAUUUGACGAGAUGAAUCCUGAAUCUCCUAGGUUUGCUUGUUGUAGUGCAGCGCACACUUCUAGCAGAGGCGGCACCGAGCCGGAAGAAAAAUGAACUGCAAAUGCCAAAUAGAAGCAAUUAACACCAGACGAAUCAAUCAGAGUUAUUUUCUCAUCAUUUUUAUUUUACUUAUACUUUCUUAUGCAUAAAUUGUCUUGCUUUGUUUGCGAGGGGGCAUCAAAAAGUCGUGAUUAUUUUGUCAAAGCUGUCUUUGCAUAUGCAGUGCGGGGUACGAAGUGGCUGCGAAGCAUCACCAGUGGGUCACUCUGUCGCACGCCGCCGCGACCAAACUCGUGGCGAACUAUAACAUCAACGUACAGAAGCUGUUUUCUACUAUAGCAGUACUGCAUCCUCGCGAUAAAGAUAGGGAUCAUAGCGAUGAUCUUUGUGUUGUUUUUUGAUGUUGAAAACGAACCCCCCGAGCUCGAGGAAGUUACAGAUUAUUUUCAUUUAGGACAGAUUACGGCACUGCUGCUGUAAGUAUGAGAAAUAAUUUCGCGAAACCUUAAAUAAAAGGCUAUCACGUAUCAAAGUCUGCUUUCGUCCUUUGGCUUAGUGGGCUGGGCUACGCAAAGUGAGCUGCUUUUUAGUUAUAUAUUUUCAGCCGCGUGCUUUACGAGUUCUUUCUCUUUAGCUCCUUAAUACGAACGAGUCUUGUACUACAUACAGCUUUCGCGUCUGACGCUAGUAGCUGUGCCUCCUUCAACAUCAUUUCAUUCGGAAGUACACAAACAACUCGUAAGCGCGUAGCUAAAUCUUCAAUUUUCGCUUCCAUACGCAUUUGCCUCGACGAAUAUUACAUGUGGAGCGCCCUGGUGCUAUCGAGUGCGAUAGUUUUGGUGGAGACAUCAGAUGAAAGGUUGCAAUUUGUCAAGCAUAAGAGCUCGCUUCUCUACUUGCAUGCAUGCAGUUAUCAGCCGAAAAGAUACGACUUGGUCUUGGAGGAUGUGGCACCACGCUCGGAAUGUUGACAUCAAUGACACAUGGCAGCCUCCUCUGUGCUCAACAUUUAUUUUCCUUCCAUUUCCCAACACGCUGCAAAACAUUCCCGCGGCGGCCUUCCAGCAGCGCACAUUGCUCGACAAAUUCAACUAUGGAUUGCAAAAGUAUCGUACUCGUAUAAAUGCAUUACAAAUUUCCUCAGCAUGAGAAAUAAGAUUUGUAAUGCUGAUCUGCCUUAAGAACAAGAUUUGCAAUGCAUGAUUGCAAUACGAGUACGAUACUUUUGCACAGGAUAUCAACGAGAAAGCGGUGCGCGAAAACCUGCUACCGGCGUCUACGGUGGCGCCGAUAUGCAUUGCAAAAGUAUCGUACUAGUAUAAAUUGCAUCACAAAUUUUUUCAAGAAAAAAAAUGGAAUUUGUAAUGCUGAUUUACCUAUAAAAGGGAUAUUUGUCAUGCACGAUAGCAAUUGCUACGAGUGCGAUACUUUUGCACAGGAUAGCCGAGCGGUGCCGGCAAUGGGUUGCUAGAAGUAGAAGAAACUACUACUCGAGAACAGACGACCAGUACCGGCGCCGAGCGUCUUGUUGGUAUUUGUUCAUGCCGUUCAGGUCGCCUGUUCGCCCGAAUUAUGUGCCAACCGACUGCUCCACUCAAAGCCGCCCUGAAUGCUAAGAGAAGAAAGCGUCGUCCACAUCAGCGACUGCCCGACUUUUCCACCACGAUGAGCUAGCGCCGCCGGUCUUAGCUUGCCCGGAGGACGCUUUGUUCCUUUUGUGUUGCAGCAAAAGUUGCCGUAGCAAGCCCCCACCCACUCCACUAAGCAAGUCUAUAUCAAUGGAUGAUCUUCGAUGUGAACUGUGCGACUUGGAGGUCGUCUCUACUUCAUCUAAAUCCAAGCAUUACACGGAGAAUAGAAGGUGGACUGCGACUUUUUCGACGUGAUAGCCUUCCUCUCAUCUCUGGAUAUUCUAUUGGGGGCUGCAUCUUGUUCGUAUCAUCUGCAUCUUCGGCAAGAUUGAGCAUAGGAGGUCACCGAGCUGCAGUGUUGAUUCUUGAUUCAGGGCCCUUAACAAGUAGAUGUGCCUCCCUUCUUGAUAUUCACAGGGUCUGCAAGACAUGAUGUAUGCGUUCCACAUGAACCAUUGGGCCUUCCCAUCCAACACCGGUUGCCUCGACGAAUAUUACGUCUUCCAGUCCGUCGUGGGUGUUGUCCGGGGGGUAUGACAGUGCACAACUCCCCCUCCCCCUCAUUUGUGUAGCACGAACGGCGAUACAAGCAUCAGCAAGGGUGCCGUGCACUGGAAUAUAGUUCUGUUUGGGCUACCAGAACCUGUCAUGCACACAGUAGCAAGAGGCAAAGGGUGGAUUGGGUUUUUUGCAUGACAAAUGAGGGGGAGGGGGAGUUGUGCACUUUCAUAGGGGGUGACCGACUUUCAACUCUUAGCAUUCGACAAGGCCUUUGACUUGAGCAAAUACGUCGGUAAUUUGUAUUCAUCUGCACCAUUCGAGGAUAUUGACUUCAUACACUAAAUUAAUAAAAUUUGUGCUGCGGAAUUCGCUUUUAAGAUAGAAGUUGCUUUCACGAAGUCCGCGGAAGUCUCUUCAUGGUCGUGAUUUAUGAUAGGAUUCUCGCACUACAACCAUGCAAAACGACUACAUCAGAUCGCUGCUACACACUCGCCUGCUGGAACGUGCCGAGCAACCCGGUCAUACCCUACGUGCAACAACAGUUACAAAAUCGCGGAUUGUAUCCUGUGGUGCAAAAGUUGUUGCAUCUUCGCACUACGGCAAAUUUGAUACAACCUGCAAGAGCGCAUGAGAGAUCCCUUCUCCAGAGCAAUUUCCGCAUGAGAAUAAAUUUUAUGUACGCAUCAUCAAAUUGGGCGACGAGAGGUUUGCAUAGCUAUGCAGUAGCAGUUGUUUAUUCGACGUCUACGCAACCUUCCCUUUCCACCCAGUUGUUCCUCGAGAGAAAAAGAAAACUUUUGCACUGCAUCCCCUAAUCCGGUAUGACAGCGUGACGCGACCGGGAACGCUGACCCAUUUUACCACAGGCGCCUUGAAGGAGCUACGGAAGUCUUCGUUCUUGUUUCUGCGCAAAGUGUAUCAAAUGCAAAAAUGUCUCGGUCUGGAAAAAUGUUGCCAGGUUUGUCAUGCAUAUUUUGCAUGACUCCUGACGUCUGUGAUGGAUGCCCUAGCAUCACAGAUUUUGUGAGGGCUUUCUGAUGCCUAUGCCGCAUGAGAAAUGCCCUCUCGUCGCCGGGGCAAAAACUGGACCGCUGUUGCUGUUCAUGCAAUACAGAUUUUUAUAGCAUCCAAAUCCAGCAUCACAAGUUCGCAUCCUUCCAGACCCAGACAAUUUUGCAGUUGAUAAAGUUCCGGACUCUCCGAAAAUCUUGGAUUCCUGCGAGUCCUUUGAGCAGGGGGUCAGCAGAAUUCUGUUUGCCGAUCUGGUCGUAUUACACCAAAAAGUUCUAUAACGUUACCUCCGGAAUGUGGCAUGCAGUGACACAUGUUGAGAGAAAUCGUGCCCAAAUUUGUAUUGCGUAGCAUGAUGCAUGAUAGAGAAAAUUUGUCAUGCAUGACUGCAAUGCCUCAAAACAAAACCAAAAGCGCUAGCGUUAGCACUUUUUGGCUUGACAGGUCGAGCCCGGGUUGGAAAACAAGGAGACCGACGACAUCUAUCCUGUGCAAAAGUAUCGUACUCGUAUUGCAAUCAUGCAUUACAAAUUUUUUUCUCCAGGUAAAUCCGCAUAUACAAAUUUUAUUUCUCACGCUAAGGGAAUUUGUCAUGCAUUUAUACUAGUACGAUACUUUUGCAAUGCAUAGCAUCGCCUUUUUGACGACGAUAUGAAAGAAGAAAAACUGUGGAAGUGUAAGUCUACAAUGCAAAGCAUGCAACGCAGAUACACUUGUCAGGCCAGCGCCAGCCCUAGCCGUGCAUGACAGGAUGAGGAUUUCUCUGCCAACAUGCAGAACAAAUUUGUGAUGCUGUUACCCCAAGUAAAGAACACGACCUACGCUAACACAGUUUUUUUUCUUUGAUGCACGAAGUACCAAGACCAGUACGUGGGUACCUGGGUUUAUGGAAGCGUCAGGAUUGAAAUCCUCAAAGUUGAAAUAAUUUCUCAUGCAGAAAUUGCAAGGCAUGAAGUGCCUCUCUUGCAGGGAUUGCAAAUGAGGCCGAUUUUUGUGAGCCUGUUUCGGGUUUGGAAUAGAGCUGCUAAAGUAGCAUGACAAAAGACGCCUUCUUUCCCUAAACAGCAUUACAAACUGGAUUCCGGCGAUGCCGAAAUUUGUCAUGCACUGCUUGGAAAUUGGGCUUCCAACUGGUAUCGAUUUUAUGCAUCGCAAGUUAUUUCAACUUUGACGAUUUCAAUCCUGACACUUCCAUAGGGUUGACGUCGCGCACUCGGACACCCGGAUCACGUCGAAAAAGUCCGCUGCGGCAGCUAUCAAAAGGAAAAAUCCCCCCUCCCCAUAUCGAAAACGAAAUGCGUGAUGCUGUAUUUGAGUACACAAAUCGACUUGUAAUGCUAGAAGGCCAAGAGACGCAGCUGUGGCCUCGUCUACAGGCAAUCUGUCAUGCUGUUUCCCACUUCCAGCUGCCCCCUGUAAUGCUGAAGAUGCAAGGCUUUCCUACGCCAACCAGCACUACAGUCCGCAUCUUUUUCCUUCUAGCAUGACAAAGCUGAUUUGUGACCACAAAUCUGCAUCGCAAGUUUCUAUUUUGAGUAUGGGGUGGGGGGAUUUUUCACUUUGAUAGCAGCGCUCGGCCUCGGAGAAAGCGAGAAGAACCGACAGAUCGCGCUGCAAGCGAAAUCCGUGUCCAAAAACGAAGACAUUUGGCAGGGGUAUGGAGUGAUUUGCGGAAGUCACGUCUCCCUGCAGUUCCACGACCAGGUUUUGGAUAUGACAUCUGAAAAAUAAAUCACCGUCUUCAUCAUGAUGACAAAGAUGCGCAAUUAGAUGCAUAAGCAUAUAGAACUUUGUAAAAAAUGAAAAAGGAGCAUGCGGGAGAUUGAAAAUAGCUGGAGCUGCAAACUCAACAUAAUUGUGCAGGGGAAGGAGCUCAUAAUUUCGUGAGAUGAUAGACACGGAUACCCUUAUUGCUCGUGUCGUGCUACUACUAGUACUAGUACUCUAGUCGCUCCAGAAGUCGGUGGCUUUACCUAGCAUAUUGCAGGGCGAAUUGAGCACGAGUCAAACGGGAGCGAGCGGCGGUCUUGAAGCGACCAUUUUCUGGGCAAACGGGGCGCAGUGGAAGAAGGAGCUCAUCCCGGCAGGCGUAGCAGAACAAGCUGCAUCGAGCGACUCAGCAGCAGGCGAAAGUAGCAGUGAUAAAGACGAAAAUUCUAGUAAUGAGAUGGCUCCAACCUUGCCAGAGACGGAGCGAGAAGAGGAACCGCAGCAAGGUGAUGACACAAAACAGAAAAGUUCCGACGAAAGAACAAGCGUCGCUGCACCGGCCACUGCUAAAAAUGCAAAAGACAGCAGCACAACAUCGACAACAUCCUCAGCAUAUGAACUGCAAAAGUAUCGUACUCGUGUAAAUGCAGUGCAAAUUUCCUCAGCAUGAGAAAUAAAAUUUGUAAUGCGGAUCAUUCACCUCAGCAAAAGGAUUUGUAAUGCAUGAUUGCAAUACGAGUGCGAUACUUUUGCACAGGAUACAGCAGAUGAAGGCUCGCCGGCGAAGAGUCAUGUGUUGUCCGAGGUGGUUAUCCAGGAAAAAACACCAAUCCCCAUCCAUUUUUUGCAUGACAAACAGUGGAAGUUAUGCAUGUUUUGCAUGACAAAUAUAUACAUUGGAUGGGGGUGCUGGGUGUUUCUUCCUGGAUAGAGGUGCAAAACAAAGGAGCUACGACGACCACGCCUGUGCAGCCCUCCGGCGCGGAAACGUGGACGAGGACCACAGGUAACGCAGCUCCCGCCGGUGGAGGUCAUGCAGCGCCUACUUCAGGCGAUCCCGGCCCCGAGGCCUCGGCGUCGGUUCAGCAGCUUCCGGGGGCCCUGCCGAUGCAGGUUCUGUUCAAUACGACGGUGAUUGCGGACGUGGACCACGGGAAAAAUAGAAGUAGUGGGAUGAUGAAAACUGGAAAAAAUGCGGAAAAAGGACAAAGAAUUAUUUCUCGCAAAGUAGAAGACACUUCUUUAUCAAGGGUCAUCGUGGAGAAAAGUAGACCUGCAAGAGCUCCUAGUACAACUCCGGGUGUUAUUCCCAUCGCAACUCCAGUGGGAGGUGGAACAGGAGGACGGACAAGGAACGGUGCGACGAAAAUUGUGACGGAACAAAUCCAGGGCCAGCAACGUCGUGGUCGUACUGACAACGACAACGUCGGAACAUCAACGUCGAGGAGUACAAGUACAACUGAAGCUAGUACAGCAUCCGACAAAGAAGUUCUCUCUGGCAACAACUACCAAGAGCAGCACGACCACCAGGACUUUUUUUCCUACAAUCUCCCGGCAACUUCGCCACUCGCCGUGAAAAGUCCGUUUUUCAAGAUUGAGGCGAGCGGAACGGCGGAGCUCGUCACGCAUCACAGCGAAGGCGGCCGUCGAGGUGGACAAUCUCCGGCGGGGACGCUGGUGAGCACCGCCGGAGGCUUCGGGCUCAACGCACAUGAUUUGAAGUAGGGCUUGCUUUGAGAUGAAUGAGGACGAGGUGGAGCGAAAAUAACUAGCUCAUUUUCUUUUCCAAAUAAAAUUUCAGCUUAAUACAAGGGACGUGAAAGUAAGGGCACGGUGAAGCUGAUAGCCUUGUUUCUUGUGUAUGAUUUAUCAAAAUCGAAACUUUAUGGCACGCCGAAGGUAACGAGUGAUAUUUUUUCUGGCAAUGAGGAUCACGCAGCACGGUGUCAAAUGAACAGGGCAUAGGACGACCAGAUCUUCUUUGUUCGAUGACAUUCGUGAAACAGUAUUUUUGCUUUUCCCACGAGUCUAUGUCUAGUUCACCAGAAGAGAGAGAUGCUCUGGCAGUUGCCGC